UUUGAUGUAAUUAAAUUGAGGAGCGGACCUCUCCCGCAAGAAAAGAAUAGUUGGUGAAGUAUAAGGAUAUAUGAAUAAGAUUGAUUCUUGUUCUUCUGUAUGACUCCGCCCCCUUUCCUCAUAAUCCCUUUCUUCCCAUGUUACUCUUCUUCUCUGUUUCUUUUAAUUAAUUAUUUUUCAUCGUUUUGCAUUAUCUUCUAAAUUUAAUUUCACGUCAAAAACAAUACCUUUUUUAAACAAUUAAUUAAUAUUUUUAUUGUUAAAAAGAAAUUAUUACGAAAAAGACCACUAAGAAUAUAUAGAGAAAGAAAAUGACAAUCUUUCUCUUUUUGUAUGAGAAAAAUUCCUGAUUUAAUUUUUCAUUAGCAUUGGAGAAUCUCUCGUUAUUCUCUCUAUCUUUCCUUUUUUUUUUAGUCUCUAAUUUCUAUUCACGGACUCCAUUUUCUGGAUUCGAAGGUCAGUUUCGCUCAUCUCUCGAUUAAUUUAGUAAAGUUUGUCUCUUUUUUUCUUCGAUAUUUAUUUAUUUUUUGGUUUGCUUUGUAUAAUUUUUUCUUAUUGAAAUUAUCCGUUUCCCGAAAUGGGUUUAUUUUGAAGUUUUAGUCUUAUUAUUAUUAUUGUUGUUAUUUUGGGGAGUAUGUCAAUGUUUCUGAAAUGAAUACGCUGUGGCUAGUUCAUUUUGUGAGAACUGAACUUGUUAAGUUAAUUUCUUUUAGUAAUCCAAUAAUUAGGGUUCUCUCCCUUAGUGAAUUCACAUUUUGGAAUCAUUUUUUUUAGAAAUUAUUAAUUUGUUUCUAUGUUUAAUUUUUAAGCAUUAUUUAGCUGCAUUUGCAGGAUCCUUUGUGGCAUAAUAUUAAGUAGUUAACUGUUAUCAAUUUUGAUUAUUUGUUCAUAAAGUGUUUGAUAUUUUGAGCGUACCAAAUAAUCAAAAAAAAAAUGUGUUGUUAUUUGGUUGGCUUUGGUUCAGGAGAAUUUUAAGAGUAAAUCUAAUAAUAAUAAGUAAAAGGAGAAGAAGGGAAGAGAACAAUUUUUGGAACACGAAUUAUAUAUAUAUAUAUAUAUUAUUGAUGGGCAAUAAAUUGGGAAGGAAGAGGCAAGUGGUGGACGAGAGGUAUACACGGCCGCAAGGGUUGGAUAUUGAUAUAGAUGUAGAUAUUAAGAAGCUGAGAAAGCUGAUACUUGAUUCAAAGCUCGCUCCGUGUUAUCCUGGGGAUGAAGAGUGUUGUUCUGAUCUUGAAGAAUGCCCAAUUUGCUUUUUGUAUUAUCCUAGUCUCAACAGAUCAAGAUGUUGCAGGAAAAGUAUUUGUACAGAAUGUUUUCUGCAGAUGAAGAAUCCUAAUUCGGCUCGUCCUACGCAGUGUCCAUUCUGCAAAACCCCAAACUAUGCUGUGGAGUAUCGAGGUGUGAAAACAAAAGAAGAAAAAGGGAUGGAGCAAAUUGAAGAACAACGUGUCAUAGAAGCACAACUUAGAAUAAGGCAGCAGGAACUUCAGGAUGAAGAAGAAAGAAUGCAGAAAAGACGAGAAUCGAGUACUUCAACUGGUGUUGCACCAGGAGAAGUUCAAAACAGUUCGGUUGCAGCUCGUUCCUCUGGUGCGGAGGAAGUAGUUUCUUUUCAAGAUUCACAACCUGCCUUGAUGAGUAAACAACCUUCAAAUCCUAGGUCAAACAGGGAUGAGUUUGACAUAGAUCUUGAGGACAUAAUGGUCACGGAAGCAAUUUGGCAGUCAAUUCAGGAGAACUGUGGACAGAGAAAUUCUAGCUGCAGAGAUGCUGCUUCUUUAGUCCAACAUGUUUCAGGAUAUCGUUAUAUCUCUCCUGCUAUGACAACAGUGGCUGGUUCAUCAUCAUCUGCUUCUGCUAGUCAUGUUUGUGCGGUAGCUGGCCUAACUGAGUGGCAGCAGAUGACUGGAGAAUCUUCUUCCAAUUAUAAUGUAAAUUUGCCAGCAUUCAAUAUGCUUCCCAGCAGCAGCAGGUUUUGUUGUAAUAGGUUGGACCAAGUUGCUGAGAACUAUCAUUCUGCACAAAGUCCGGUUGACAUGUCAGCUGAAGGUGGGAUGACACCAGCAAGAGAUGAAGGGGAAUGGGGCGUAGAUCUUGGACCAGAAGUAGCCAAAGCAGGGACUAGCUAUGCAAGCUCUGAUGUUCUGGGAGAUGCUUCUGGGAUCUCUAUGAUACCACCGCAAGAAGAUGAAAUAAGGGACGGUUUUUAUAAUGUCUCUGAACCCAUUGUUCCCGAAAGUUAUGAGGAGCAGAUGAUGCUGGCUAUGGCUCUAUCUCUGGCUGAAGGUAGAACUAUGACAAGCGGCGUUGGACCACGGUCAAGCUACGAGCGAUCAUCUUUCUCAAACAGAUGAUGCUGGCCAUGGUGCUACCCAAGUCUCGAACUGGGACAAAUUGUACUUUUAGCUCCUCAACAACCCAGUUUAAAGGUCAAUGUAUUGAUGAUCCUUUCUCGUCUUCACACAUUUCACUCCAUACAUAUAGAUGUUAGGAAAAAGUAAACAGAUCAUAGUAGCAAAUGAAUGAUUGUUUGUUUAUCCAAUUCAUAAUGUUUUGGAUUUC